AUGUCAUCUCCCAAGUCGCCGCCGAUCGAUGACCAUUCUGCGCCAGAUCUCGAGAUCGCCAGCUCAAAUGUGACAAUUCAUCCCUCUGGAUUUACCGGAGGUCCUGAGUCCCACGAUGACCAAAAUACCGAACGCAACCUGGUUAGGCACAUGGCGCGGUUCCGCGAGAACCCCCUGGAUUUCCUCCGGGAAGUGAGCCUGUACAUGUCCGGUACGGGCUGGCGUGCAUAUGAUGAGCCCAUUGGUCAACCGAUCUUCUAUCCUGGCUUCUCCGAAAGAAUGAAGAACAUGAUCUUCGCGAGUCCGCUCUUGCAAAGUAAGGUCACGGAACUGGCCAAUCGUCGUCUAAUUGUCGAAGAAAACGAAGGACUGUUGGCAAUCAAGGAAGGCACAACGCUGGACGAAAAGCGCGCACGUCGCAAAACCGAGAUUGAAGACAACCUUCGGGAGGUCGUGGACACGAUGAUGGAGAACAUGAUCUGCAAAAUGGAAAGCAAGAGGUUUAUUCGGAGCGCUUAUUAUGGAUGCACGCAACUUUUGACUCGUGCCUAUCAUCAAGGCAUUCAUGUGUCCAGCGAAGAGGUCUUGCGGUUACGAUCAGUAGCCGAAACUGCCGCCAAGAAGAAGCAGUCAAUCGUCUUCUUGCCUUGCCAUAAGUCCCAUGUGGAUUACGUCUCUUUGCAACUUAUUUGUUAUCGUCUCGGCAUUUCUCUGCCUGUCAUUGUCGCGGGCGACAAUUUGAAUAUACCGUUGCUGGGCGCUUUCUUACAACACGCAGGAGCUAUGUGGAUUCGACGCAGCUUUGGAAAUGACCCCUUAUAUCAAACUGUUGUUCAAGCCUAUAUCGAUACUCUCCUUCAACAAGGUUUCAACUUCCAAUGCUUCAUUGAAGGCGGUCGUUCUAGAACUGGAAAGCUGCUUUCCCCCAAGUUUGGAAUUUUGAACUUCAUCAUGGACAGUAUCCUGUCAGGUCGAGUGGAAGAUCUCGUUAUCUGCCCUGUCAGCACUCAAUACGACAAGGUUAUUGAAACUGAGUCAUAUAUCAGCGAGUUACUCGGACAGCCGAAGCCAAAGGAGAAUUUGGCUGAUUUCCUUUCUUCGUCUUCGGUCUUGUCCCUUAAACUUGGCCGAGUGGAUGUUCGGUUCCAUGAGCCAUGGAGUCUUCGAGAAUUCAUCGAGCAGCAGUUGUCGCGCCUGGAUCUCCCUAGCACCGACAUUAAUAACAAGCUUAGCUACACGGACCGAGGCCGCAUCCUUCGAACAUUAGGUUAUCGGGUCCUCUCCGAUAUCAACGAUGUAUCUGUGAUGAUGCCAACCGCCCUUGUUGGAACUGUCCUUCUGACCUUGCGCGGCCGUGGUGUCGGAAAGGCCGAGCUAGUCCGCCGAUUGGAAUGGCUGUGCGAGCGAGUACGCGCCAAGGGUGGCAGAGUAGCACACUUCUAUCGCUCACCAACGGAGACGGUGGUUGACCGCGCACUGGAAGUGCUAGGGCCCAAGCUUGUUGGUUGUAUCUCAGGGCUAGUCGAGCCAACAUACUAUGCGGUGGAUCGGUUCCAACUCUCCUUCUACCGCAAUAUGCUCAUUCACCUCUUCAUCACUGAAGCACUGGUCUCUGCUGCUAUGUAUACAAAGAUCAAGCAAGGCGGUGGACCCACCAAUCAGCGAAUCACCUACGAAGGUUUACAGAAACAGGUCUCAUUCCUGUCACAACUCUUCCGUGGUGAAUUCAUUUUCCCGCCAGAGGGAUUUGCCAGCAAUCUCGAAAACACUUUGCGCGGGUUGGAAAAAGACGAUGUGAUCAAAAUCACUCGCGAUGAAUCCAACACGCCGAUGUAUGUUGAGUUGAGCGAGACCGAACGCCUAUGUGGUCGGGAGAACUAUGACUUCUAUUGCUUCCUCAUCUGGCCUUUCAUCGAGGCCUCUUGGCUAGGCGCCGUGUCUCUUCUUGGCCUGACACCACCUCUUGAUAGCCCAAAGGAGGUUUGGAUCGACUCGAAGAAAGCACAGGAUAGUGCUCAGUUACUCGGUAAAACGCUAUACCACCAAGGCGACCUCUCAUACUUCGAGGCAGUCAACAAAGAGACCCUCAAGAACUCAUACCAACGCUUCGAAGAAGAGGGUAUAAUCCUCGUUGCGAAAUCCAAAGCAUCACGUGCCGGUCAAUCUCUCCGACUGGCUCCUGAAUGGGCACCCCAGCGCGACGAAGCCACUGGAAGGGUCCUGGAAGGCGGCCGACUAUGGGACUUUACCGAAUUGAUUGCCCAGUCUCGCCGCGAAGGUAAAAACCGCCGGGACGGUGCAACGGUCUCCUCGCGCGUUCUCACCAUGUCUGAUGCUGUUGGCCGGAAGCUCUUCCAGAGCGCGGCAGCUCCUGUGCCCGAUGAUGUUUCGUCGCCACAAAUGCGUCGGAACGUAAUUGGAACUGAAGCCAAGCUCUAG